AUGUCCAGUUUUAUAUCAUUGUUCAACGCUUCUAGGCAUCCAGUAACGAUGAAUCCUCGCGACAGACCAUCAGAUCCUCUUUCCCGACUCCGCUACGCCCUCGAAACAAUGCCCAGUUCACGAAAGUACAUAUUCUCUCCCGCAACCCGCGCAGAGGUUCUAUCAGAACUUUACGAUGCAUUUUGGGGACCGUAUUCACAUCUCUUCCUCCCAUUGUCCAAUUCCAGCCUCCCCAUGCAUGCUACUCUCAGUAGCGUUCAAGCAGAUCUGGGCUUUGCUGGUGCCGGUUCAGAGGAUCCUAUCGUUCCUGGAAGGCCAUGUGGUCACAUCUUCAGCAAGGGAGAGAGUUGUUUUCGUUGCAAAGACUGCGCGCUCGAUGAUAGUUGCGUUCUCUGUAGCCGCUGCUUUCAUUCCAGUGAUCAUUCAGAUCAUAAUGUCAGCUUCUUCGUCGCUCAACAGGCUGGGGGCUGUUGCGAUUGCGGAGAUAUCGAGGCUUGGCGUAAACCUAUCUCAUGUCCUUUCCACCCACUUGCUCCCCAUGUCCAAGCGCAAAUUGAACAGUCCUUGAGCGCAGUUGAUUCCACUCCUCGAGCUGUACAGCGUUCUAUAUCUGAGGAGAUUCCAUUCGUUGAGAAUUACCCAUACAGAGUCGCAAUCCCGCCCGACCUACGUGAUCUCAUGAGCCGCACUAUUGCAUAUGCACUUGACUUUAUCCUUGACACCCUGGACUACUCCCCGGAUGAAGCGACAGUGCCUUCGCAUGAAGCUGACCUACGGUUGCAGCCCUCAGCAGAUCCUAUGCAAAAGGACCAAUACGCCAUCAUCAUCUGGAACGAUGACAAACACUCAUUUGAUGAGGUCAUCAAGCUUAUAUGCGAGACCACCGGCCAUGAUAAGAAGACCGCAAGCAUCAUGGCGCACUCUAUUGACGAUGCAGGCCGGGAAAUAAUUGACAUCAACGGUGAUGUCCCCCGGCUCCUCGAAGCAGCCCAUUUGAUGACAAAAAUUGAACUCGGUGUCACGAUCCGUCGUGCAUAUGACACAUUUCGCGAGCAGGUUGCUUGCGUCAUUAUAGAGUGGCUGCUCGAUCUCACUCGAAGCCGGCUGGGCGCGGAUACACUGAUAAUCAAAGAAAUCAUCGCUGCCGAGCUUCUAUCGCCGAGACGGCGGGAGAACACGUUCUUUACUUCUGGUCCGCAAAUCCCAAACCUCGCUGCAGACCUGGCACGCCCAUGCCGCGUUGAUUGGUUAUUCGUCUAUCACACUCGACUGUGGAAGAAGCCCCGAAUACAUUUGAAAGCAAUUUAUGCGUCGAUCUUGACACUUUCGCAUCCCCAUAAGAUUGCCAUCGCGUCUCACUUUGCCAGCAUCUACCACCGUGUCGCUGACGCUUAUCUUCUGGUUGACCGUGAAGCAGAAACAUCCAUAAAGUAUUUUGCCCUCCAACUUUUCACUGCACCAUCCGUUGCCCUGCACAUCGUUUCUCAACAUGAUCUCAUGACACGUUUGCUUGAUAUUAUCGUCAACUUCUUCACCAACCACAUUGAGGACAAGCACAUCCUCACCACGUCUCCUGUCCAACAAGACAUAGACGUUGACAGCCCCCCAUUCAGAAGCAAACGCUUCAUGCCUGUCUUCAGUGAUCUCCGGUAUCUUUGUCACAACCGACCUGUCCAGCAGCUCAUUGCUCGUCACCCAGCCUUCAUACGCAAGUUUGUCAAGGUAUGCCAGGUGUUCAUGUGUAUCAGCCCAAACAAGCGCGUUGCCUCGAGUCACGUCGAGUAUGAGUCGGAUGUAUGGAUCAGCGUGUUCAACGUAACACUUUCGCUUUCCCGCGUCAUCAAAGUCUACGGUGAAGCCUUCGCAUUUGCGAACCCAACCCAGCUUGUAGGAGCAAUCACGACUGUCGUGCGGGAGAUCCUCGCCGUUUGCACUCUCUCGACAGAUAGGCUUGACAAGGAAAAGUUUUCAAAGCCGAUGCUGCACGAGGUCGAGUUUGGUGAUGCACAGUAUCGGAUCGUCGAUUUCAACGUGCUGGAAGGAUGGGUCAGCUUCCAUCACUCCCUUCAUUGGCUCCUUGCAGAUCUGUUGAAGCAUGUUGAUAUUUUAUCAGAGGAGUCAUUGAAGCAGAUUGGGGUAUCUGGCGUCCGGGACUUGUUUUUGCGCCCCUUCAAUGAGGGCGCCAUUCUCACAUUAAUUGACUUUCCUUUGCGAGUACUCGCUAUGAUUGCCCAGAUCAGGGCAGGAUUAUGGGUCCGCAACGGCUUCCCUAUCCGUGGCCAGCUCCUGCACUACCGCGAUUUCAUGCUCCGCGAGCUCUGCUACGACCAAGACCUAUUCAUCCUCCAGUCAUCUCUCAUCAUCCUCGAUCCCAAUAUCAUCAUUGUCUCCAUUCUCGACCGUUUCGGCCUUCUCUCGUUCUUCCGCGGUGAAGUCGAGAAGUCCCCUUAUGAAGGCGCCCAUCUUCUGAGCAUGGUUGAGGAGCUUCUCUAUGUCCUGAUAACUAUUCUUGGCGAGAGAGCCAGCGCCACGAAGCUCCCGUUCCAGCGUGCCAUCCGUCGUGAGAUCGUGCACGCACUUGCGGCGGGGCCAAGUUCAUUCACUGAUCUUGCCAAGCGCGUCUCCGAGAGGAUGGUGGAUGAUUCGACAUCUGAUACUGGCGUGUAUGAGCUCAAGGACGAGGCUUAUGAUGAGGUGGAUCCGUUCACCUUCCACUACACACGGAACAAGCGCGAGGAAGUGGAGGUCAUCCUCAAGAACAGACUUCGGAAGAAGACAGGUGUGAAAGACCCAGUCAUCGUCCCGAAGCCGUUGACCAUCACAUCCGGCCCGUUUUCGAUACUCCCAUCCGUCCUGGAGUCUGAAGCGCUUCUUCAGGUCAUGUUCUAUGCCAUAUACAACGUAAUUGCGCUCACCAAUAGUGCGGGGACGGCCCCACCCUCCGCUGAGGCUAUCCUUGACCAAACAUUUCAACUUAUCAUGCUAGCGCUCGUAGAACGACCUUCUGUUUUCAGCCAUGUCUCUGUCAUUAAACCCUUUGCAGAAGAAAAGAAACUCGCCGAUAUCAUAUGCGCCAUGGAACACGAUGAAAAAUACAAACCCUACAAGAGCCGCAUCGAUUGGGUUCUCACAGAGAUUUCCAAGCAUGUCCCGGAAGGGGUACAGCCUCCUCGCGAAGUCCUGAGCCUCGCUGCGCUAGCACCUGAUGUUGAGGGUGUCAAGAAGCGUGCAGCUAAGGCACGCCAAGAGGCCAUUAUGGCAGAGAUGAAAGCUCAACAAGCGAGUUUCUCGCUCAAUUUCGAGGAGGAGGAAGAGGAAAAUGAUCAGGAUAUGGAUGAGACAUCUGAUGAACUUUCCUCGUAUGGCACUUGCAUCGUCUGCCAGGAAGAUCUCAACGAGGCCAAAGCAUUUGGCUCUCUGGGGCUCGUACAACCCAGCCGGUUGCUCAGGAAACAUCCGGACAGUCAUAGUCAAUAUCUCAACGAGCUUAUGACAAUGCCUCAGUCGCUCGAUCGAGCGAGUCCGCGCGACACCACUUUCCCCCCAGCCAAUGCCGAGGAGCUCGACAACACAAACUCACCCAACUUCGAUGGAUUUCCUACACAAUACACUCGCUUCGGGCUCCACGCGUCUGUGUGUGGGCACAUGAUGCACCUCGACUGUUUCCAAGUUUAUAAUUCCUCCAUUCGCCAGCGGCACCGCUCACACGCGACGAGAAAUCAUCCUGAAAGCAUUCAGCGCAAGGAGUACAUCUGCCCGCUUUGUAAGAGCUUGGGCAAUGUCCUUCUCCCCGUUCUUCACCCCAGCAAUGCUCCUGCAAGCCAGACCCCCUUCCCAGACUGGAUUCGAGCCGCGGGAAUAAGUGUCUUGAAGUCAAAACCAGACAGCGUCAUGGAUGGUCUGCAGUUCAGAAGUGGGACAGGCGAGUUUGUGUUCUGGAGCGCGCAAGAUCCUGGUUAUGGCGCAGUCGUACGCAAGCCAGAAGCAGUGACUUCAACGAAGAUGCUCGACACCCUCAUGUUGACAUCAAGAAUGGUCUCGCAACAAACACGCCAUCUUCGCGAGCGACCUGAACCAGAAGUAGGAGAAAGAGGCGCUGGGAUGUAUCUUCCCGAAGACCUCGUCGGAUACACAAUUUCUGCUAUCGAGGUUGCUGCUCGUGGGACUGACUCCUCGGGAGGGAUUGUGGCGGAUUCGCUGUCAUUAUCGGAUACGCAAAGUAGAAUGAUCCGCGGGUUACUCGCCAGCUUGACAAGACUAGCCGCUCUUGAACUGGACGGUCGGCCGGAUGGUGGCCGGGAGUCGGUCAAGCAAGCCAUAAUCAAACGGCUACUCCCAGAGUGGAGCCGAACAUCACUGACCUCCUUCUCGUACCCCUUACUCUUACGUGACCCAUUCACCGUACUCAUCGAAACCGCCGCAGUGGCUCCCGAGAUGUUGCAGCAUGUCUUGAUCUUGUGCUACUACGCCUGUUUGGCUCGCACAGUCAUCGGCAUGGUGUAUGUCCUGAACAAGGCCAGGACGUACAGCGCUUUCCAGCAGUCCGCUGCUCGUGCCCAUGCUGAUAUCUUCGGCGAUGUCCGCAUGUUCUUCAUGUCGGUCGUGCGACACUCACCCGUCUUCGAGCACACUGCUACGCUAGUCUUUGAUGCGUUUGGUGAAGCUCGCAUCGAGAAGAUGCUUUACGCGUUUACUCUUCCAUUCCUCAGACGUGCAGCAAUCCUGUGUCGCUCCGUCGUCCCGCUUACAUUCCCAACUCCAUUACUAGGUGCCUCUAACGUCAAUGAGUACAAGCGUCUAUUGGCUACCCUCGGCAUUCCUCCUUUGGCAGACCUCCCCAACCAAGAUACGCUUCAAAACGCACUCUCUGGAUGGUGCGCCCACUAUGGCCACUCACAUGCUGCCUCGCAACUCAACUGUGGCGUCGUACUUGACUACGCGGCUGUGUACGGAAUCGCCCGUCUGCCACUCAUCCUCGAUAACCUCUUUGGUGAGCGAGACAAGGUGAUGAAAUGCCACCGAUGCAACACCGUUCCAACGGACGCUGCAAUUUGUUUGAUCUGCGGAGUAACGUGCUGUAUGGCGAGUCACUGCUGUCAAGACGAGUUAGGGAUUAGGGGGGAGUGCAAUAUGCACACACGAGAGUGCGGUGGUGCCAUCGGUGUUUACUUCAUCGUGAAACGAUGCUCUCUGCUCUAUUUGUACGCCAAUGACGGGACAUUCGCACAAUCCCCUUACCUUGAUGUUCAUGGUGAGGUCGAUGUCUCAAUGAGACGCGGUCGUCGUCAAUAUAUACACCCAGCUAGGUGGGAAGAAGUCCGCAAAACGUGGCUCAACCACGGUAUUCCAACUGCUGUUGCUCGUAAACUUGAGAGCAUGGUCGACAGUGGAGGAUGGGAAGCACUUUGA